UUUUUUUUUGUUUUCUAAUUUUAAAAAGUGGAUUAUCCGCAUGAACAACAACUUUUUUUGUUCAUUAGUUAUUAACAAAAUUACAUUUGACAUUCGAAACUUUUUUUCAAUAUUCCAAUUUGGCAUUUAUUAUUUCAAUCUGAAUUUAAUGUUUUCCGUCUUUUGUCAUUCAAAAAAAAUCGUUUAUUUCGGCUUAUUCGAAAAGUGUAAUCAAUUGAAAUUAAUAUAAUCAAAUUGAAUUGAAAAAACAUUCAGCCAAUUAUCAAUAGGAAUGAAUAAUUACGAUAUCGUUUUAGUAGCGAAUAUAGAUUGUCGUUUUGUUGAGAUAUGAACUAUCUGAAGAAAAAAAUCAAUAAAGUCGUUGGGAAUACCAAACGUAAAAAUGAUGAUGAUGAUGAUUUCGAUAAUUAUGUGCCUGGAAUACCACCACAUCCAUCGACAUUAGCAUCCGACAAUAACGAUCAAUCGAUUAAAUUUGAUUCAACAAAUACAAAUUUUGCCAACUUUGAUUCAAUUAAUAUAACGGGUGAACCAUUUCCAUUACCGGAAUCAGAACAACAAUCUAUACCACAAUUAUCUCUUGAAGAAUUAAAAGCUAAAGAAGAAGAAUAUAGAAAAGAGGAAAGGGAAAAACUUCGUGAAAAAGAGGAAAGUAAAAAAGAUUGUGAAGAGUGGAAAUUUUUUCUUUCAUUAACGGCAAAAGCAGAUGCUGUAACAUCUAAAACACAAACAGUAUUGGAAAAAUUACAAACCGAAUCUGCUGUGAAAGAAAUCAGCAAAUUCGAAGAUCCAACCUUUUCGGAUCAAUUCGACGAAACAGCGCCGAAAACUUCGGGAGCUUGGGCAGCUUUUGACGAAACAGCCGAUUAUAAUCCAUCCGAUCCGAUAUUCAAAUAUCCUAAAACAGAAGAGACAGCUGAACAACAGAGCACUGACAAAGUUCAGCCAUUAAUUGACGAAGGAACUAAAAAAAUUGCCCGUGAAUUAAUUGAGGAUUUUGGAUUCACAAAUUUAGCACCGGGAAUACCAUUAGUAGACACAGGAAAAGAAUCUUCAUUAUUGGAUAUUGAAGAACCAUCGAUUGAUCCGUUCGAUACGUCAUUUAUUGACGUCGAAGCAAUUAGAAGUGGUGAAUCAAUUCUGAAACCAACAUUAAUUAAAGAUAUUGAUGUCAAUGAAAUUGAUCCAUUUGAUACUAGUUAUAUUGAAUCAACUAUUCAAAAAGAUUUGAUUAUCAAAGAUUAAAACACUAAAUCAAUAUCAAAAUGUCCAAUCCAUUUUUAGCCGACCUUGAGGAAAGUUAUACGCCAUACUCUGCGUCCGGCACACAAACACCAU